UGCGAUGAAUGUAAUAGAAUGAACGACUGCUGUAAGAAGUGUCAAUUGUCAAUUGGGAAUGUCUUGUGUGCUUUGCUGGGCGAAUGAGUUUUAUCGUUCUUUUUAAACUGACUGUCAACGAAGCGAGACGUGCUGCGCACGUACGAAAUAAAAGUUUAAAUUAAUUGAUUCCGGCCAUCACAUCUCAGAAGUGGGAUGGAGUUAAUUUAAAUCGACUGCCGCAUAAUUAAACACAAAAAAAAAAAAAAAACACUGCCGAAACCAGAAUUCUUCGUUUUUCAUUUCACGUUUUCUGUAGACAGUGCAUUUACCACGUUUUUUUUUCCUGAUUGUUGUUGUUGCUGCCACGAUGUCGAAUUUGUUAUCACGUGCCCAAGUCAUGAAAGUGCUACUGCAAACGGGUAUUCAAUUCGAUCCUGAUGCCACGAUGAACCAGUUGCGACCGCUAUAUGAUGAAUACAUUUCCGAGGUAACGAAAGCAAGUGAAAAAGAGGAAAACGCGAAUGCCCUUGAAGAUCCAGAUGCCGCCGCCGACAAAAAUACUCAAACUUCAAUUCCCGCUACGAUUGUGCAAUCAAUUCAACCUGUUGUUACGAGUGUACCUACGUUCAUCGCCACUACGAGUGUUCAAAAUUCAAAUGUGCUUACAGAUGUAACAACAACUGCCGCUUAUGUCAGUGCUAAAUUGUCAACUGCUGAUACACGUGCAUUGGUAACUACCCCCGCUAUGAGUGUUGUUGUUUCAAGUGGUCCAUCGGCUACUGCUACAACAAGUGCCCAAUUGUCCACUGCUGUAACAACCGUGCAAAUGAAUACCGUUGUUCCAAGUGCUACAAUUUCAAACAAUUUGGACGAAGAUGAGACCGAACGAUUGCUGAUCCAAUUGCGUAAAAAACGCGAACUGUUGAUGCUUCAAGCAGAGAUUAAUCAACUUACGCUACAACAGCAAGCACCUGCUGCAAAAACCCGUUGGACUGACGUAAGUGUCAUUGAAUCAAUGAUGUCUAAAUUUACAGCCGAUGACCAUUACGAUGUGAAUAAGUGGAUUAGUGACUUGGAUGAUGCUUUUGCAAUGCUGCAAUUCGAUGAGCGUAUGAAAUUCAUUGCAUGUCGUCGUAUGUUGAGUGGAACAGCCCAGGUUUUUGCACGCACGAUUACGGUAUCCGAUUAUGAAGAGCUCAAAGCUAAACUUAUUGGUGAAUUUGGCCGCAUGCGCACAAUGAAUGAAGUGUAUCAACUGCUGAAAAAUCGACGCUUACGCCCUGAUGAAACCACCCAUCGUUACAUUUUGGAUAUGCAAGAGAUAGCGAUGUAUUCAAAAAUUACGGAAGACGAAUUGAUCGAAAUGAUUAUUAGUGGAACAGGUGACACUUCAUCAAGAAUCGGUCAUUUGUUUCCAGCACGCUCUAUUAAUGAACUGAAGGAAUUUGCGGAACGAUAUGAACGUCUACGCUUCCAACCACCAUUAGGAUCAAAACAAAUAGCAAUAAUUAAUCGUAAUGCGGCCAGUGCACUUCAGCCAACAACUCAUCGAUCAAAUGCGGCCAACGCCACGUCAGUUCGCCCUACCGCAGCUCCAACCAUGGAAACAAUCCGAUGCUACAAUUGCUCCAAAUUCGGGCAUUAUCAAAGCCAAUGUCCACUGCCGAAACGACCAGCGAACUCCUGUUUUAAGUGCUCAUCCACCGAACAUGUGUAUCGUGAAUGCCCACACCGUACCACUGUUGCUGCCGUCCUUAAUGCCAACGGAAUGAAUGAUGCUAGAGUGGAACCAAUUAGUGAAAUGCAAAUGCCCCCGCAGUUUAAUCAAACGGAGUGAAGUUCCAUUCGAAUUACCAAAUCAAUUGAAAGAGACUCAGUACAAUGGCCUAGGAAAUGAUAGACUCAAGACGUAUGGGAAUAUCAAUUGCAAAAUAAACUUCCGAAAUCAAUCAAUCAAUCAGAAAUUAUUAACCUUGCCGAAUAAUCUUAUGUCAAUACCGAUGCUUGUAGGCCGUGAUUUUAUGAAAAAAGCAAAUAUUACAAUGUGUCAAAUAAAAUACAUUUAUGAUACGAAAAGAUUGAAAGAAUUAAAUAAAGCUGCCAUUUGUACGAAGUUAGAGUCAAAACUUA